AGGGGUCAUCGGAUGAAAAUUGCACUUUUUUUAGCUUUUUAUGCAUGUAGUUGUGUCCUUGCCAUGUCUGCCAACUCCGUAAAGCUGAAAAUAAAACACGCAGACAGUGUUUUAUAUGCUUUCCGAGUCUGAAAAUGUGCCAUUCAGCAAGCUGUUUCAAAAUCGUGUUGGUACCUACGUAGGCAACUACCUAUUUGAAUAAAACCACCCCGAGCCAUAUUUGGAGUCCCUCAUAUGAGUGCAGACCGCGCCCCCGCCUUACGUUUUGCAGGUGGCAUAGCCAAGCUAAUGAAGGUACAGUUAGUGUUUGCAACAAACAAUGAAGAGAUCGUGGCGUGCGACGUGCUCCGUGUUUGGAUGCAGUGGCUCAAAUGCGUCGCUUCAUCGACUACCAUCCUCAGAUGACGUUAAGUCAAAAUGGGUCGAGUUUAUAUACAAAGGAAAUAUUCCUGAAACAUUGGGGAAAAAUGUGCUUGUGUGUGCCAAACACUUCACGCCGGACUGCUUCAUCAACCUGGGCCAAUUUGAAGCUGGACUCGCAGCAAGGCUAUAUUUAAAAGUCGGAGCUGUGCCAUCAAUUCAUCUAGAAAAUGCGUGCACAUGUGAAGAAUUGGCCAAGGUGCGUCAUGUGGCCUGCCAGACAGACACACCACCUGUUAGAACAGUUAGCACUCAGCUGUCAAUAACAACUCUACGACCUCACUACCAGAGCAAAGGCAUACAGACACAGUUCUGCCCUGACGUUGGUGUUCACACUGCAUAUCCGCUGAUGUCCUCAACACCAAUAAAGAGGGUUAGUAAGAGACCUCGCUUGGAGCUGGAGGAGGAGCAGCAGCAGCAGGACCCUUUGGAAGGCAUAUCAUGUAGUACCAUUGAAGAACCACUGGAUUCUACAUAUGAUCCUGCAGACUCUAUUUCAACUUUGACAGAGCCUGCGGAUGUGACAUUGGAAUCUUCCAAGCCGGCGCAUAAGACAGCAACAUACAUUGUGUAUGAAAACUGUCUGCUGGAGCUCUUUGAGAAGUGCCCUAUAUGUCAGCGGGUUUCAGAUGUGCAGACAAGAAGGGUUGGCACAUUCCUCUCUGUGUUACAGCAGUGCCCACACUGUGAGUUUUCUAGGAAAUGGAAUAGCCAGCCAGUUAUUGGAAGCACUCCUGUAGGUAAUCUCCAGCUGUCUGUUGCAGUAUAUGCCACUGGUGCAUCUUUCUUCAAACUUGAAAAGAUCUUCCGGGCAAUGCAACUGAAAAUGCCCCACUAUGACACUUUCCGAAGACAUGCCAGGAUGUACAUUGAGCCUGCAAUUGUACAUAGCUGGAAGACAGCACAGGAUGGCAUGUUGCAGCAGCUCAGUCAACAGCAGAACAUUGUCCUAGGAGGUGACAUGAGGGCUGACUCACCAGGACAUUCUGCAAAGUUUGGCAGUUACACGGUGAUGGACCUAAGGACUAGCACUAUUAUUGAUUUGCAACUUGUUCAGAGUAAUGAAGUCAGAGGAAGCAAUAACAUGGAGAAAGAAGGUCUGAAGAGGAGCCUUGACAUGUUAAGGGCACAUGCGGUCACAUUUGACAGCAUAGUAACAGACCGGCAUCCUCAAGUCCAAAAAUUCCUGCGAGAGGCGAACAUUACACACUAUUAUGAUGUAUGGCACAUAGAAAAAGGACUGUCCAAGAAAAUUCUGAAGAUUUCUCAGAGCAAAGACUGUGAGAAACUUCAGAAAUGGGUGCCUAGUAUAAAAAACCACAUAUACUGGACAGCAGCCUCUUCUUCCUCAGGCCAAGAGAGAGUUGCCAAAUGGACUUCAAUUCUGAACCACAUACAAGACAUACACACACAUGAAGAUCCAGUUUUUCCAAAGUGUUUGCAUCCACAACGCACUUCAAAGGACAAGACGAAGUGGCUGAAAGCAGGAACACCUGCCUUUUGUAGACUGGAGAAGGUCCUGACCAACAAGAGGAUUCUGAAAGACAUUGCAAAGCUGAGCCCUCACCAUCAGACCUCAUCUUUGGAGGCGUUUCAUAGCGUUAUUCUGCGUUUUGCGCCAAAAAAUGUUGUCUUUCCUUUUCUUGGGAUGUUAUGCAGACUCUACCUGGCAGCACUGCAUUUUAAUGAAAACACUGGGCGUCCUCAAGCAACAACAGCAGCAGGUGAACCAGUAUUCCAAGUUAAUUGUCCUAAAUACAAAAAAGGACUAUUUUCUGCAAAGCCAGUGAAAGAGGAACCAACCUUUCAUUACUUGGACAGCCUGUUGGACCUUAUAUUUGAAGAGGUAGUUGUGGACCCGGCCCCGUAUGUGGAUGAGGUGCUGAAGAUCUCGAUUCCUGAGGACCUCACAGCCCAGUUUGACAAACCAGACAAGCUGGAACUAAUAGCCAGCUAUGUCUCGAGGUUUAAUCGAGGGCAGGUCUGAACCCCACAUACCUUGUCUGGCCAUCAGGGAACUCUGUCCUUAUUCUUGAGACCACACAUGAGGGUAGCACCACCCUGAUCCUCCGUCCCAGAAAUCCCCAACACCAGCUGACGAAGCUUCGGUACGCCAAGAACCUGUACCGACUCAAACACAGCAACAAAUGUCUUUACCAAAAAAUUUUGUACAAUAAAACUUUUUACAACAACAGUUUUGUGUGC